AGAAAUUCUUUUGGCCGCGCCGCACUACUCGCAAAGGAAACAAUAAUGAGGAUUCGCUGUGUACCGUAGCCAAGGACAAAGAGGCCGCCUUUCCUUGCGCCAUUGGCCACGGCAAAGUGAUACGAAAGCCAGCUUGGAGCCAUGCUUCUCCAGCCUCACCAUUUGGUCAUCCUGCUCCUCGUCGCUGCAGGUCUCUGCCUCGCGGCCAGCGGCAGCGUCGGCGAUGAGGGUAUGCAGUUCACGUACAACGGCUUCGCCGGCGUGAACCUGACGCUGGACGGCGCGGUGGUCAUGCCGAACGGCCUCCUCAUGCUGACCAACGGCACCAUACAGACGAAAGGCCAGGCCUUCCACCCGUGGCCGCUUCCGUUCCGCACGGCGCCGAACGCCACACGGUCCUUCUCGACCACUUUCGUCUUCGCUAUCUUCGGGCAGUACUCCGAUCUGAGCAGCCAUGGCGUGGCCUUCUUCGUCUCCGCGUCCAAGGAGGUGCUCUCCACUGCGCUGCCAAGCCAGUUCUUGGGCCUGCUCAACAGCACCGAUGUCGGCAACCAGAGCGCCCACAUCUUCGCCGUGGAGCUGGACACCAUCUUCAACGCCGAGUUCCGUGACAUCAACAGCAACCACGUCGGCAUCGACGUCAACAGCCUCGUGUCCCUCGAUUCCACCGACGCCGGGUACUACGACGACGGCACCGGGCGCUUUCAGAAUCUAAACCUCAUCAGCCGGAAGGCCAUGCAAGUGUGGGUGGACUACGACGGGACGGCCACGGAGAUCACAGUGACCAUGGCUCCCCUGGGCAUGGCCAGACCCAAGAAGCCCCUUCUGCAGACCACCGUCGACCUCUCGGGUGUGGUGCAAAGCACGGCGUACGUCGGUUUCUCAUCGGCGACGGGCAUCCUGACCACACGCCACUUCGUCGUCGGUUGGAGCUUCGCGCUGGGCGGGCCAGCCCCGGCGCUGGACAUCCCGGCUCUGCCGGCCUUGCCGCGGGCCUGGCCAAAGCCGCGGUCCAAGGUGCUGGAAAUCGUGCUCCCCAUAGCGUCGGCGGCGCUGGUUCUCGCUGUAGGCAUCGGGAUUUACGUCUCUGUGCAGCGGAGAUCGCAAGCAUCGGACGGCUUCGGCACCGCAAUCUCGUGCCGUUGCUUGGUUACUGCCGGCGCAAAGGGGAACUUCUCCUGGUUUACGACGGCCUGAGUGACCACGGCCUCGCGCGCCUUCGUGGUCGCCCCGACCACGAACCUGGCGACCGCAACUGUAGUACUAGUAAUGAAGAAGGGCGACCGAUCUGCCAGCUUCUUUUGGACCGCCAGCAAAGCAA